UAUUUUUUUUUCUCUUUCUUGCUUUUUUGCUUUGAAUAUUUUUUUAAUAAUCGUGUGUCUCGACAAACUUGCAUGCAAAAUAGCUACAUAUUAAGUUUUCUUUUUUUGGCUUUGGAAUUUGUUUGGAAGAUUGGAAUAUUUGUAUCGUUUUUAUAUGUUUAUGAGUUUUGUUCAUGUGAGGAAUUGGCUGUAUUUAAGAACUUUGCUUUUGGGUUUUCUUGAAAUUGUGAACUUUGGGAUUCUGAAUCUUAUUAGAUUGAGAUCUUUUCCUCCUUUUGAAGUUCCCUUGAAAUAAAAGCUUUCCCUUUUCUGCAUUUUUUUUUGUGUACUUAGCUUUUGAAAAAAAGGGUUAUUUUGUUGUUGCUGUUUCUUUAAUUGGACUUCAAAUUUGGCUCCUUUUUUUUGAGCUUCUCCUUAUUUUUAUCAAGAAAGUUUGUAUUUUUAUGAAAAUUGUGAAGCUAGCUGAUUUUGGGUUUUGUUGGUUGAUUGGAUUUGAAGUUUAUUUUUUGAGUUCCCUUUCUAUUUCAAGAAAAUUGGGGUUUUUUCUUUGCAUUUGUUUCUGGAAUCUGUUGUGAAGCCAUAGAACUCAUUUCUAGCUGCAUUUUGCUGUGAUCUUUUGCUGAUUUUGCCACAAAAAGGUUUUGGUAAAAAGUUCUCUAAGGAGGAUUGCGACUGAACUUUUUAGAGGAUCGUCCCUGUAUCUUAGUAAUGAAUCAGGCAAAAAUCAAGCGUAGAGUUGGUAAAUAUGAAAUGGGAAGGACAAUUGGUGAGGGAACAUUUGCUAAAGUCAAGUUUGCAAGGAAUUCAGAGACAGGAGAACCUGUAGCAAUCAAGAUUCUUGAUAAGGAUAAGGUCCUUAAACACAAAAUGGCUGAGCAGAUAAAGCGGGAGAUAGCUACAAUGAAGUUAAUCAGACAUCCACAUGUUGUUCGAUUAUACGAGGUGAUGGGUAGCAAGACGAAGAUAUUCAUUGUUCUGGAAUGCAUUACAGGUGGAGAGCUCUUUGAUAAAAUUGUAAAUCAUGGACGGAUGCAUGAAAAAGAAGCAAGGAAAUAUUUUCAGCAGCUCAUUAAUGUUGUUGAUUAUUGUCAUAGCAGGGGAGUCUACCAUAGAGAUCUAAAGCCUGAGAAUUUACUGUUGGAUGCCUCUGGAAACCUCAAAGUUUCUGAUUUUGGAUUGAGUGCUCUGUCCCAGCAAGUCAGGGUAAAUAUCUGAUCAUAUGUUCUCCCA